AGAGCAUUUGUGCCAAUCAGCGAUCAUUCGGGAGCAUUGCCCGCCGAUUCAGCUUUCACGAUGAAUCCUCAAGCGCCGCAAGUGAUACCGAAUGUGCAAUCUGAAGAGACAACUCGAGCUUCAAUUGGCUUUGAGAGCGACAAUUUUGCGGCGCAAAAGAAACCCGACGAUCAAGUUCAAUUGAAUCCCAAAGAGGAGAUGCAGUCGACAGCUUUGGAAGGUGAUAUACCUCAGUCAGAACAACAAGUGCAAAAGUCUUCUGUGGCCGAAACAGCCGCAUUCAUUGCAGACAUGGUAGCUGGGAACGUUUCCACUGGAACAGGGCGAGAAGGAAUGGCCAACUGGACUACAUCUCAGUCCGUUGAAGUAACCGUUCACCCGGAGCCAUCGGCAUCACUCUCCGGAACGGCUGUUGAUGAAAGUGUGAACAAACAGCUGAUAACUGAGACGUACACGAGUUCAACCACAAAAGCGGAUCAUAUUGGUGAGACGAGCGGUUUGGCACCUACUGACAAUGGUCAACCGCCUAUAGGUUACGAUCAGAACCAAACAAGUCAGUAUGCUGCGGCUAGUUAUGAGCAGCAGACUAGUGCUUUCGGUUAUCCGGAAUCGUCAUGGCAAGCUUAUGAUGGCAGCAGCUAUGCAGCCGAUCCAACAACAACAGUCCAAACCACUGAACAACAGCAAGGCGCAGUUGAGGCAACACAAAGCGAAGCAAUUGUGAGCGAUACGACAGCCACUGAGCAGAAUUACGGUGCAGCUGAUACCUCUCAACCGGAACAACGUCAACCUGAACAAUCGUAUUCCUCGACUUCGUAUGGUGUUGAUGGCUCAUAUUCCGCAUCGACAUAUGGAGGCGAUGCAGUUGCACCGCCGUCAUAUGACUACCAGCAGGGCAUGACUGCAGCGGAUUCGCAAUAUCAAUCAACCGGCUUCACAACGGAGACCAGCUACAGUACGCAAGGGUAUGAUCAGUCGCAGUAUCAAUAUGAUGCCACUUCAUCCUCAUAUCCAGCCAAUCAGGUGCCUGAUAUGAGUCAACAGUAUGCAACAAAUUAUUAUGAUGCCGAAUAUGGUAGCGCCUCACAACAGCCGUACGCCAGUGGUCAAACAACUGAGAGUUUUUCUCGUUCACAAGAUGGUACACAAAAGCAGUGGCAAGCUUAUGAACAGUACGGAGGAGGACAAGCGUCAGACACGAGUGCAUCUUAUGAACAAGCGCCUGAGAAGAGUGUAUCUUAUGAACAAACGCCUGAAAAGAGCGCAUCUUAUGAACAAGCGCCUGAGAAGAGUGUAUCUUAUGAACAAGCGUCCGAGAUGAGUGCAUCUGCGAGAACCACCGAAAUCCCGGACGCAGGUAUUAGUGGCUAUCGUCCGGCUCCUGUUGUCCCUCAGUUCACGCCGCCUGUUCUGCCUGAGAGUUUCUCUCGUUCACAAGAUGGUGCUGCCCAACAGCAGUGGCAGACUUAUGAACAGUACGGAGGAGGACAAGCAUCUGACAAGAGUGUAUCUUAUGAACAAGCGUCCGAGAAGAGCGCAUCUGCGAGAACCACCGAGACUUCGGACGCAGGUGUUAGCGGUUAUCGUCCAGCUCCUGUUAUCCCUCAGUUCAUGCCGCCUCUUCUACCAGAAUUGAAUAGGUAUGCAGCACCAAUUGACCCGUUUUCGUGGGAAGCGCAAGAACAGGCUGCAGCCUCCUCUUACGUUGCUCAGCAGCCUGCAUCUGCCAGUAAUAAUUUCGCGAGUCCUGUGCAGUCAUCUCAGAUGCUAAGUCAGACUGACGAAACUCAACGAUUGGCUCAGCAAGCUGAAAUUACUCAACAGUACAGGUGUGGUGAAUGCAUUGUUCAGUGA